CUCUCUCUUCUGAAAGUGCUAACCCUAAUCCCAGGCCCAGUCUCGUCUCUCUCUCCGUCCUUCAACAACUAGUACUGAUCAUCUAUCAAUCCGAUCCAAGGACAAAAACUGAAACUAAUCAGCUUCUCGUUCGUGACCCAAUUAUAGAAAGAUAUCACCAAUAAAUAGCUCUCUCCUAGCUUAGCUUCGUCCCUUUCAACACAAAAGUAAAUGGAACAAGAUCUGUUCUAACUUCUUUAUUAUAUAUAUAAGCUUCCUAAAUCCUUAUUAUUAUUAUUAUUAUUCAUUACAAAUGGAUAACAACCGUGGUCUCCCACCACCCUUCCGGGAUCUUCAACUUCAUCACUCCCCUUUCCACUUCCAAUCCCAAACCCAAACCCAACAACAACCACAACCCACAUCGGAGGAUGAACUCAGCGGCGGAAAAACCAACGAAACCGGUUCAGGAGACCUUACAAGGCGGCGACCAAGGGGCCGUCCAUCCGGUUCCAAAAACAAACCCAAGCCACCCAUCAUAGUAACUCGAGACAGCCCAAACGCACUACGUUCACACGUCAUGGAAGUCGGCAACGGAUGCGACAUCAUGGAUUGCGUCUCCACAUUCGCCACGCGCCGCCAGAGAGGCGUAUGUGUCCUAAGCGGCGGAGGAACAGUCGCUAACGUUACCCUUAAGCAACCGGCGACGCCUGGAGCCGUCGUUACAUUAUCAGGAAGGUUUGAGAUUCUUUCUCUCUCCGGUUCGUUUCUCCCUCCGCCGGCUCCGCCGGCUGCAUCUAGUCUUACGGUUUAUUUAUCCGGCGGACAAGGGCAGGUUCUUGGGGGAACUGUUGUAGGACCUUUAGUGGCUGCUGGUCCGGUUUUGAUAAUGGCGGCUUCUUUUGGUAACGCUGCCUAUGAGAGGUUACCUUUGGAGGAUGAAGCUGAACCCUCGACACCUCCUGUUUCAAUGACGGCGAACGGAGCUCUGACGUCGUCUCCUACUAGAGCAACAGACCAACAACAACUAAUUACGACUCCUGCGGAAACGAAUGGAUCAUCAUCAACACUGUUUCAUGGAUUGUCUCAAAAUCUACUAAAUACAUGUCAAUUGCCAACCGAUGCAUAUUGGGCAACAGGUCGAUCUUCCUUUUGAUCUAACAACAACACAAAUAUUUUACUUGAUUUCUUAAUUAUGUUUGUUUAAUUAGCUAAUUCUCAUAUCCUUUUGUUCAAUAAUGACUCCCCCUACCAUUGAUGAACUGAUCUUCUUUGUUUGUUGUGAACUUUAAGAACCCGAAGGAGUGCAGUUAUUUUGUUUCUACAACUCAUUUUUA